ACCCGGGAAAGUGUUAUCAAAUACAUUCCCACCACCGCUGCGUCCCGGCACAAACGCGCCACUUGCCCACCGAUAGACAAGUACCCUGGGCCGAGGGAACCAGGUACCGGUGCAUGUACUUAUACGUGCCGGCCUGUUAGUGCUGUGAGCGCGGUAGCGUUUUCGGGGCCGUGCAUCUCCAUUGGAUCAGCGUCGAGAUCCAUCCUAGCCAUCCUGGCCAUUCUAUGCGCAGUUCUCCAUACCUGAGUAGGUUACAAUUCCACCUCCAGCACCCCACACAUCCCAGUCGACUUGUACGAAGGGGCCAAGGGCAUUCAAACGACGGUGAACUGAGUCCAUACCUCGCCUUUCUCUUUUUUUUUUUUCCUUCCCUCUCUCUCCUUUCACUCGCCUUCCAUACGUACACCCUUCCUCCUUGCGGCCAGUCGUCCUUUCUCGAUAUAAACAAAAACACCUGCCACGGCUCGACACGUUGUAUUGCUCGUUUGCCUCAUAUCCCCUACUAUAUGAUACGCUAUCGCCGAUGGCCAGGCCUUGAUCAACAAUACUGGUCCCUCCACGUCGACUUGACUCUCAUCCCGAAUAUCAGACGCAUACCGAGAGUAGCAGUACAUCGUCCGUCCUCCUCCACGUCUGCCGUUGGUAGCCAAUAUGUCGGCCCAGGACGAGGCGCACUCGUCUGACGCUCCUCCCCGGGUUAAUGGGACUCACUCGCCUGCUCCUUCGGACAAGGACGCAGAUACCUUUGAAGAUGCUCUCGACACCGGGUCUGUGAGGUCCCUGACGAAUCGCAGCAAGCUCUCGCCGAGGUCUAGUAGUGGGAUUACGGACGAGGUCUCGGAGCCCCCCGAGAGCCCACCCCCAGAGCCCCAGGCAAAGACGAAUGGGGACACGGUGGAAGUAAAGGAGAACGGCGA